AAUGAAAAGUUGCUGUUUGUUAAAAUUUCAAUUUGUAGGCUGAUUUUGAAGAUGCACUCUCACCAAGCUGGGAGAAUCUUAUGAGGGGUCAAGUGAACUUGAAGGAUGCAGUGGCUGGGACUAUAACCUUCAACGACAAAGCCAGGAACAAGGUUUACAAGCUCAACGAUCAGACAGCUAAGCUUUUUGUCAGACCAAGAGGUUGGCACCUACCGGAGGCCCAUAUUUUCAUUGAUGGUGAACCAGCAACCGGUUGCCUUGUUGAUUUCGGUCUCUACUUCUACCACAAUCAUGCACCGUUCCGCCAGACUCAGGGUGCAGGCUUUGGCCCUUUCUUCUAUCUUCCAAAAAUGGAGCACUCAAGGGAAGCUAAGAUAUGGAACAAUGUGUUUGAGAGGGCAGAGAAGAUGGCAGGCAUAGAAAGGGGAAGCAUACGGGCCACUGUUCUGAUUGAAACACUUCCUGCUGUGUUUCAAAUGAACGAAAUUCUGUAUGAGCUGAGGGACCACUCCGUUGGUCUCAACUGUGGCCGUUGGGAUUACAUUUUCAGUUAUGUCAAGACCUUCCAAGCUCACCCGGAUCGGCUGCUCCCGGACAGGGUUCUUGUUGGCAUGACUCAGCACUUCAUGAAGAGCUACUCUGAUCUUCUCAUCCGGACGUGUCAUAGGCGUGGCGUGCAUGCUAUGGGAGGCAUGGCAGCUCAAAUUCCAAUUAGAGAUGAUCCAGCUGCUAAUGAGGCAGCACUGGAACUGGUAAGGAAGGACAAACUAAGAGAAGUAAAGGCAGGGCAUGACGGAACAUGGGCAGCACACCCCGGUCUGAUCCCAACCUGCAUGGAGGUUUUUAACAACAACAUGGGCAAUGCUCCUAACCAGAUCAAGGCCGCGAAGCGCAAUGAUGCUGCAAGCAUAACUGAAGAAGACCUCUUGCAAAUACCUAGAGGUGUACGUACAAUUGAUGGUCUCCGCUUGAAUACACGUGUCGGUAUUCAGUAUGUGGCGGCAUGGCUCACGGGAUCUGGUUCAGUUCCUCUUUACAACCUCAUGGAAGAUGCUGCCACUGCUGAGAUUAGCAGGGUGCAGAACUGGCAGUGGAUUAAGUAUGGAGUGGAGUUGAAUGGGGAUGGACUCGGAGUAAGAGUGAGCAAGGAGCUCUUCAGCCGGGUGGUUGAGGAAGAGAUGGCUAGGAUUGAAAGUGAGGUGGGAAAAGAUAAGUUCAAGAAGGGAAUGUACAAGGAGGCUUGCAAGAUCUUCAAAAGGCAGUGCACUGCUCCAACGCUGGAUGAUUUUCUGACCCUGGAUGCCUACAAUUACAUAGUCAUACAUCACCCCAAGGGACCAGCAAAGCUUUGAAUUUUGAAAUGCUUCAUUAUGCCUAAUAGUUUGUUGUUGGUUUGGAUUGUGUCUUAUACUCUUAUGUAAGACGUUAAUUCAGUCUUUAUAUUUUCAUCAUAUUUAUGUACACAAGAAACCGACUCCACCUAGUGGGAUAAGGUUUUGUUGUUUUGUUAUGUACACAAGAAAAAGGGGGAGAAGGGGAGGUUGAGGUGUUGGUAUUUUAAAUAAAGAUGGAACAAUGCUAUC